UCCCCCUUUUUUAGGCGGCACAAGCCCUAAAGGAGGGACUGACACUCAAAAGCUGCUGAAAGAUAACAAGAGUUGGUUUUCAGGAUGCCUGCGUACUCCACCAACAUGAGGCUGAAGUUCCCCAUCCUGGCCUUGAUUUUGGAAAUUAUCACCAUAGCCCUGUUUGGUAUUUUUGUGGUCUAUGACGAUGGGAAGGGUCAUGAUGCUCACCAAGAUGCUCACCAAGAUCCUCACCAUGGUGAUCACCAUGCAACUAACAGCAGUGAGACGUCACCUAUGGAUCUGUACCCUAUGUUUCAGGAUGUUCACGUCAUGAUCUUCAUCGGCUUCGGGUUCCUGAUGACGUUCCUCAAGAAAUACGGGUUCAGCAGUGUGGGCAUCAACCUGCUGCUGGCCGCCUUCGGCCUCCAAUGGGGGCUCCUCAUGCAGGGACUGUGGCACAUGGAUAAGGGCAAGAUUAAAAUGGACAUUUUGAAAAUGAUCAAUGCAGACUUCAGCACAGCUACAGUCCUGAUCUCCUUCGGUGCAGUCCUGGGUAAAACCAGCCCCGUGCAGCUCCUCAUAAUGACCAUCCUGGAGAUCACCAUCUUCUCCAUCAAUGAGCACCUGGUGGUUUCCAUUCUGGGGGCUAACGAUGUUGGAGCAUCGAUGAUCAUACACGCCUUUGGUGCUUACUUUGGCUUGGCAGUGGCUCGGGUUCUUUACCGACCCGGUUUGAGAAACGGACACGAGAAUGAUGGCUCUGUUUAUCAUUCUGAUAUGUUUGCAAUGAUCGGGACCGUCUUCCUGUGGAUGUUCUGGCCCAGCUUCAACUCAGCCAUCGCUGAUCGAGGUGCCACUCAGCUCACCGCAGUGAUCAACACCUAUGUCUCCCUGGCUGCCUGCGUGCUCUCCGCCUACGCCGUCUCCAGCCUGGUUGAGCACAGAGGAAAACUGGAUAUGGUCCACAUACAGAAUGCCACUCUGGCUGGUGGCGUUGCAGUGGGAACUUGUGCCGACAUGCAGAUCCAGCCAUUUGGUGCCAUGCUGAUUGGUUUAGUGGCUGGCAUCAUUUCCACCCUGGGCUUCAAACACCUCUCUCCGAUCCUGGCAUCCAACCUGGGCAUCCAAGACACCUGUGGAGUCCACAAUCUGCACGGCAUGCCUGGCGUCCUCGGAGGACUGGCUGGCAUUAUUGCUGUGGCUAUGGGGAAGGCGGCUAAAGGCUCUGCAGCCAUGCAAGCUGCUGCCCUGGCUUCGUCCCUCGGGUUCGCUCUGAUCGGAGGUGCCAUAACUGGGUUGAUAAUGAAGCUGCCAAUCUGGGGACAGCCUCCAGACCAGAACUGCUUCGAUGACUCUCUUUACUGGGAGGUUCCCGAGGAGGAGGGGGAGCACGACGGAAGUCUGGCUGCUGCAGAAAAGAACAAAACAGAAGCUUGAAUAGCGACAUGUCGUCCCUUCAGAUGGGAAAGAAGGCACAGAGGGCUUUCUUUUAUAAGCUUUGGCUGUCAGACACAUUAUUUUGAUCUGAAGAAAAAAAACACAAUUUAACACCACAUUCUCAUUCUUUUUACAUGUUGUAUGUACAAAGAGAUCUAUAGAAAAGCUAUUAGUUAUGAAAUCAUUGUGAUAAAAUGACACGUCGGACUCAAAAAAUAACCUCUUACACCAAAGGUUUUGAAGAAAUAUUUUAGAAUUAUUAUAGCAAUCAAAGCAGGCAACUUCUCUCCUUCACUGCUGCAACGUGGCUACUCUUAUAAGCUUUUGUUAAUGUAGUUUUUGUAUUUUAAAGAUACUACAUGUAUUUUUUUUUUUAUUCUAUUUUAUUUUAAUAUGUAUGUAAGCUGAAACUUAAGAUGAAAAGAGGAGGAUUUGUAUCUGCUGCUUCAUUUUACCUCACUGGAGCCCAGUUCUUUUGCGAGGAGCCAGAGUCCAGCAGUUCGCGCUGACGCGGGCUGGGAUGGUCGCUUCACCUUCAUAUAGCUAAUAAAGCUUUAUAUGUCUUAUCUUCUGUCGCUUUCCAAGCGUUUCUUGUAUUUCUGAGGACUCUUGUACUAUUUAGCAUGGAAUGCCUGUUACAGACUAAGCUGUUUUUAUUCUUAGUAAAUGUAUUUUGACAUUGUGCAUACAGCUUGUGUAUGGAUCGACAAGGUCAGUUUUAUCAAAGCUAACAAUAGCAACCGGUACAGAGAAUUUGCAGUCAUUUUUUUUUUUUUUUUAUCAAAGUUAUUACAUAAUUUUUAAGGUUUAAUUUUCUGUUUUUUUUUUAUUUUAUUUCUCUGUCUUUGUUUCUCCAUUAAUUGGUUACUGUAAGGUUCUGUUUUAGUCUGAGUCUUUAAAAAAACAAAAACAAGAAUGCGACAAACCUCAGGUGUUUUUCUCAGUAUGAAAGCUUCUCCUUUUGUUUGAAGCGGCAUGGCACUGAAGAGCUUUUUAAUUGCAUCUAUUUUAAAAUCCUAGACUGGUGGCUUGAUAAAACUGACUACAAAUAGGAUUUAUCAAACAGAUACAGCUGUGCUUCAUUAUCUGUCCUACCUUGAGCCACUGAUAUUUCAAUAUAUUUUCCUUUCAGUGGGCAUUGGCUCCUCCUUGUACAAUAUACUAAUACAGUCAUAUUAAAAAUGUUUUUGUACAAUA